UAUAUCUACUGUGCUUAAGGUUGAACGAGCUCCACAUCGACUUCGUGUCAAAAGCGAGCACCCGUCAAGUGACUCCACUGUUUGACUUCAUGAAUGCCACACGGGUCGUAGUUUUUACCGAGACGUGGGGCUACGUGGUCAAUGGAAGUUAUAAUGGGAUGAUCGGUGAUCUGGUCCGGGGAGCUGCUGAUUUAACUGGUACAGUGAUCUUCAUAACAAAACCCCGAUUGAAAAUACUGGAGUACUUAUCAUAUCCCUCGACCGCAACGGUUAUGUUUGUAUUUCGACAACCAUCGCUAUCGUACCAAAACAACUUGUUUGUAUUACCAUUCAAACCAAAUGUUUGGUUUUGUAUAUUUGGAGUCAUCAUGUUAAUGAUGGUCAUUAUAUCGGUGAAUGCGCAAUGGGAGAGUAUUAAGAUGGACGAAAUAAACAAUAUUCACAUGAAACCGAAACCUAGUACCGGCGAUAUAGCAAUGAUGAUUAUCGGGGCAGUCACUCAACAAGGAACCUACACUGAAUUAAAAGGAACCUUAGGCCGCGUAGUGAUGUUCCUCAUGUUCCUUCUAUUCCUAUUUCUGUAUACGUCAUACUCUGCGAACAUCGUCGCCUUGCUGCAGUCCAGCUCGAAUGAGAUCAAAACCUUAACAGAUCUCCUUAACUCCAAAAUGGAAUUGGGAGUUGAAGAUACGCCGUACAACAGAUACUUCUUUUCUACGGCUACUGAACCAAUAAGGAAAGCUAUUUACGAAAAGAAGAUAGCGCCACGGGGCUCUAAACCGAAAUUCAUGAGUUUAGAUGAGGGAGUUAAGAAACUUCAAAAGAAACCCUUCGCAUUCAACAUGUUUGUGGGCGGUGGAUAUAGGUUGGUUGAGCGAUUUUUCUUAGAACACGAGAAAUGUGGACUACAAGAGAUACAAUACAUACAAGAGAAUAAACCCUGGCUUACUUGUAAGAAGAGCUCACCUUUUAAAGAAAUAUAUAAGAUUGGGUUAACAAGGAAUCAUGAGCAUGGCCUAAACGACCGCGUCAACCGUAUGAUAUACGCCAAGAAACCGCCGUGUAUAGCCCACGGCGGUUUAUUCGAUUCUGUCAACAUGACCGAUUUCUACCCCGCGCUUCUGAUGCUGAUAUAUGGAACUAUACUCGCCGUUGCGCUUAUGUUCAUAGAAAUAUUACAUUUCCAUCGUUGUAGAGGCAAACAAUACUCUAAAUAACUAUAAUUUCAUAAGUUAUUCACCCUUAAAAGUAGGUACCUGCUUAAAUAAAAG